CCCAUCUUUAUAUCCCUUAUCCUGUCUUGCUACCUCUUUCAAAACCUCUGCAGUGAAUGUCAGGAAAAGAUGGAGCGAUCUCUGCUUGUGUCUCUUCUGUGUGUGUGGGCCCUCAGCAGCCUGUCUGCAGCAUCAGUGGACACAACAGAACAGUGUCCAGAGAGGAUACUGGGUAACGAGAGAAGACAAGCGUGCCCAAAAAAGUGUCAGCAAGAUAAAGACUGUGGCAACAAACGUCAGUGUCUCUGUGACGGCCAGUGUGGACUCAGCUGUGUGGCCCCAGGUCGUACGUGUCCAUGGCCUCUCCCACCUGGAAAGUAUUUUGAUGUAGCUCUCCUUUCCCCUUCACCCUCAUUUUCCGGUCUGCUUGAGGUUCACUGUAAGCCUGGGUUCACCAUGCAUAACGGACUGGACACUACAAUACGCCGUUGCCAAGGUGACCGGCAGUGGAGUGGAGAUGAGCCUGUUUGUACAGCCUCCCCAGGAGGGGGUUUUGCAGCGGAGCCGGUUCUGGUACCUGAAGUGUCCUGUUCUUUGCCUGAUGAUGAUGAUCUGCUCUCUGUGCAGGGCAGUGCCAUCGUGGGAUCCACCAUCCAGUACCAAUGUGCAGCUGGAUCUGUGCUGACUGGAAAUAGUGAGAAUAUCUGUCAUGAGAACCAGACGUGGCAAAACCCUCAUCCCAUCUGUCGUCGUGUGGUUUGUCCUCCUCCUAAGGAGGUUGAACGUGGACAUCUGGUGGCUGUCCUGAGAACUGAAUAUGAAUUUGGUGAUUCAAUCUAUUACCUCUGCAAAAAUAACUUCUUGCUGGAUGGUCCAAAUCAAGUGACUUGUUUACCUAAUGGGACAUGGAGUGCAGUGCCUGCCUGCCGGGCCCACUGUCCAGUCCCAGCUCAACGCAGCAGGGUGAUCGUGGGAGGAGUAAAGUGUUGGCCAUAUGAUCUGACGGGAGGUGUGGUUGCUCAUGGAGAGAAUGUGACAUUUUUCUGUAAACAUCCAGAAAAACUGUGCAGCUUCACUGCCACAGAGGUCUGCGUAGAUGGACAGCUCAAGCAACCUAGCUGCUAUCUCGACCCUACCUGGCUGCAGUUCAAGCUCUUUCCUCAUCGGCUGGUGUCAGAGAUUGAUCCAUGUGAUCCUGCUGACCUUCAGUGAACUCAUCAGAUUUUGACAACACAUUUUGCAUGUGGGCACACACAGCUCUCUCUUCACUCUGACACCAUGACCUUUAGUCUGGAUCAAUGUAAACUGUAUUAUUAACAUGCCAACUGAAUUUGUUUUUGGAUGGAUCUCAGUAGGAUCUCACCAUUAUGCCUCAUUUAACUCUACUCUUUUCUUUGUUGUUAUGUUGCAUUGACAAAGUUUUCUUAAACAGAAUUUGUUUCAUAUUUGAUAUAUGCUGACACCAUCAUACUUGCCUGAGGUUAUGGUUGCUAUAAGUUGCUCUCUUUUCAUGUAUUUUAUUGUCAUACAAAGUGUAAAACUGAUUUCUGAGGUAGCGUUGGUGUUUAUCAUGUUAUCAUAUUUUAUUUCAUUGUUAAAAAGUGAUUUUCUGUGAAGCAGUUUUAUGAUAUGUUUAGAGUUAACUGAUCUUGACUUAUUACUUGAUUGGAUUGGAUUACAUAAGACUUAAGACAUACGAAUAUUAUAGCAUAAAGCCUUGCUUAAUUAUUGCUGUUAUACAGAUUCAGUUUUGCAUUGUGUAAACUUCACAGUGAAUCAUCUUUAAAUGUUUUUUUCUUCUUCUUGUAAAAUCAUGAUUCUUCAAUAAAGAAACUGGAGUGUUUGUUGUCAUUUAAAACAAUGAUUUUAUUAUAGCUGGUUAGACUGUAUAAAUGAUUUUGGCAACACUUAAAACCCUUAUACUAGUGUUACCAUGAUUGACUGUAGUUUAGUGUAAAAAUAACUGUUUGAGUGUUGUAUUCCAUCUCCAAACAUAAAAAUACAAAGUAACAGGCCUACAAGAUAUUCUCCUUAAAGAAUACUAAUAAUUUUGAAAAUAUUUUAAAGUUAAUAAUGAUAUCAUUGUUAGAUUCUAAAUUGAUUUUUAUAAUAAUGAUGUGCCACCAUUAACUAAAUGUGUUAUUAUCAUGAAAAUAAUGCGAACAUAUUAGCUAAAGCUCAACUCAAGUUCUAAAGCAUGUUCAGGUCGGACGCAGAAAACUGCAACACCACGACCCCCCGCCCUCCCCUUUCGCUCGUGCUCAGCCUCUCCGCCCAGUCAUUCAUUCAUUUUUGGUCUUCCGGAAGUAUCUCAGGGUCGGCCCAGUCAGUGCCUGCGCGAGCUGACUCGUGGGGUGAGAACAGUUUUAUAUUCUAUAUUUCAGUUACAAAGAGGCGAUGCGCGCGAGUGGUUGUAAGCGUUUGGGAAGAAAUGUGAGUUCUUGUUAGUAGCAGUUCACGAGCGCGUGUUGUCUUAGAAAGUUUAAAAUUGGGUUUCCAAGGCAGCAGUGUGUCUGAGCGCUGUCAUCGGCUCGAACCCUCGCUACGCAUAAAAUGGCUGGUAGCAGGUUCGAGCGCAGUCAGUGUUUUGACCAAAAUAUGUGAAUAAUUCAAGUGUAUUUGCAUUACGCAGGCUAUGGGGAGGUAUAUCCUUCAAACAGAUACUUGUGGGGAUGUAAUGGCACGGGUUCGACUCGCUGUCUGGACAUCACAGACAUCAAACGCGAUGUUUGGUUUGAUAUCUUUCGUCUUUAAACGGUCCUCCGGCGCGUAAUGGCGUCGAAUGUCCCCGUGUUGAUACCUAACUCUCCCACAGUGCUGCAUGGCUGAGGGUACGGACAAAGGCAUCGGUGUCAAACCUUGAGCCAUGCGCAUUGACAGUUAAUCUGUGAUGAAAACCACGGGAAGGAGGAGUGGACCUGCUACCAUGACAGCGCGCCUUUCGAGCUCAUUGCGCUGCAUUCCUGCUAACUGCAUGGCAUUUGUGUACUUGUGCAAAUAUUACACACACAUCCUAUCAUGCUUUUCAUUCCCAAAGAAUUGGUCUGUUUUUAGUGUUUUUAUAUAGAUUAAUGUGAUUACUUAUUCACUACUAAACACAAUUAGAAUUUUUAGAACUUUAACAACAAAUUGCAAAUUAUAUUGUUGCAUUCAUUUGAAAUAAAA